UAGGCCUGUCCACGCAGAAUAUCCUCCCGAGUUGAAAGGAAACAGCAUUAAUGGAUGAGAAACAGAUCGGGGGGGGUUUAAGACUUGCUGUCCUUGAUUUAUUGGGCGGCCAGGUACGCAUGAAGCCUAGGAGCAAGCUAAUUAAUACUCUCAGCAUGAACCACUAGAGCAGCAGAAGUACGAAUUGUCCCUUCACAGAUGUUGUCACUACAAAUCUUAAACUACGAAAUCCAUCAGAUAGAAAAGUAUGUUUCAAAGUGAAGACUACAGCACCUCGUCGAUACUGUGUGCGGCCAAACAGUGGCAUUAUAGACCCAGGAACAUCUGUAACUGUUUCAGUAAUGCUACAGCCUUUUGAUUAUGACCCCAAUGAGAAGAGUAAACACAAGUUUAUGGUACAGACGAUCUUUGCACCACCAAACAUUUCAGAUAUGGAGGCAGUGUGGAAAGAGGCAAAACCUGAUGAACUAAUGGACUCGAAAUUAAGAUGCGUCUUUGAAAUGCCCAAUGAAAAUGAUAAACUGCAGCGUGGGGUUGCAGAACCUAAUCCUUUAGCAGUUGGUUUAGUCACUCCCUUAACUCUUGAAAUGAGAAAUCUGAUCAACACUGAGGGUAUGGCUCACCUGCCACCUCAGGAUUUACCUACACCAAGAUACAAGUAUUUCACUCCAGCCAACAACAAGUUUCUUCAGACGCCUACCAGCUAUAGCCAGAAGAUUGACAUGAAGGAGCCAAUCAGUGAGGUCAGACAGCAGAAGCAGAAUGAUAUAGAAUCAAGCAAGUCUGCCCCAGUGCUGAAUACAUCUAAACAGGAUGGACCGAUGCCAAAACCACAUAGUGUUUCACUUAAUGAUACCGAAACAAGGAAACUAGUGGAAGAAUGCAAAAGACUUCAGGGUGAAGUGAUGAAACUGUCAGAUGAAAAUCGGCACCUGAAAGAGGAAGACUUGAGGCUCAGAAAGGUAGCACGCUCAGAUAAAUCUGGAUCACCCACAGCCUUGGCUCUCAGAGAGAAUGGCUCCAAUCCUCUUCCCUCUCUUCUUGUUGUAAUUGCAGCCAUUUUCAUUGGAUUCUUCUUAGGGAAAUUCAUCUUGUAGAGAGUGAGAGAGAGAGAGAGAAGCAUGCAGAGUGCGGCUUCCUUUUUGUUUCUUGGCCAGGAAAAGAUUUGUUUACCUACCACUUCAUUGGUAGUAUGGCCCAAGUGACCAUUUUUGUGUACAGCGUCAUACAGGCUUUGCCUUUAAUGAUCUCGCACGGUUAGAAAACACAAUUAAAAUAAAAGACAAACUGUUCGGCUACUGGACAAAAUUGUACAUUUAAAUCAUCAAUAGCAGGUGUCAGUUGCACAUUCAGUCCUUUAUGAAAAUUCAUAAAUAAAGAAUUGUUCUUUCUUUUUGUGGUUUUAAUAAGAGUUCAGAAAUUGUUCAAAGUCUUGUAAAUGUUAUUUUAAUAAUCCUUUAAAAUUUUAUCUGUUGCUGUUACCUCUUGAAAAAUGAUUUAUUAGAUUGCUUAAUCCCACUCAUUCAGGAAUAUGACAAGAGGUGUUCUAGGGGAAUGGUGCCUCUUACUGUGUACAUUUUCUCCUUUAUCUUUCUUUGCUAAUAUCAUGGCAGAAUUUUUUUUCUUAUCCCUUGUGAGGCAGUUGUUGACAGUUUUUCAUCCUUACAAUCCUGUCCCAUGAUAUUUAACAUUAAAAGAGAAAUAAAAUUGUUAACAGAUUUUUCUGCUGGGUAGCCUGUUUGUGUGGUGGUGUACUCCUAGAAGGAAUUCUUAAGUUCAUGGUAGCUUGCAACAUGUAACAAAUGGCUAAUUUAAAAUUUACCUGCUUAAAUCCUUGGCUUAGACUGUUGUAAUUAAAGUUUUGGGGGGGAGGAGGUUUCCUUUUUAUUUAUUUAAAGAACCAUUUUCUGGCUGCUUCAGCAAUAGAAAUAAUUAUCCAACAUGUGUUAAGACAUAAGAAUAAUUUGGAUUAUCCAGCAGGUAUAAAAAUUGGUAGACAAAUGUAUUUAGCACAUGGUAUUAAAAAUUUGCUUGGAUUGUGUGGGCAGAGAGCAGUCAGCCUUCUGUUCCAUUUUUGGGUGUGUUGCAUAUCUUUCAAGGGACAACAGAUUCUUGGAUUUCAUAAAGGGUACUCCAUCCAAGUUUACUAUCUUAUCUGUUAUGUUUGUAAUACCACUUUAGCAAAUAUUCUUAAAUGCAAUUUUUUUUGUAAUUAAACACUCAAAAUGAAUUUCUGUGAUGCAGAGGAAUUGUGUGCUGAGUAAGCCUCGGUUACUCAACGUCCAAAAAUUAAAAAAAAAUCAUUUUAUGCAACUGUUAGUAAAAUUUCUCUGUGUUACUAACCAUGUAUAGCUAAGUUUAAAAAAUGCAUUUAUUGGGUCUGAAAUGCUUCCCUGCACUUAAUCUUAUGUCUUGCCUCAUUUCUGAUAUACAUGUCAUUAAAAAAAACUGACUGUAGUAUCGGAACAAAAUAUAUCCAUACUUCUGAUUUUAAACAUAAUCCUAUACAGGAAAUUACUUGUUAAAUGGCAAAUUGUGGACGGAAAAUACUCCUGUAAGCAAAAUUAUGUGUGUUUUUUGAACAGCUUGACUUGAUGUAGUGCAGCUAAGUGUGUUAGACCUUGGUGUAUACACACAUUGUGUAGCUGAGAAAAAACUUGUCCUAGAGAAUACAUACAUUAUCUUGGUUGCCUUUAAUUUCUAGUGCUUUUUUAAUGAAAGUUAUAAUUACAUCAUGUACUGUCAUAGCUAUCUGUGGUAAACUUUUAUAAAACAUCUUGCAUAUGUGCAAGGAAGACGAUGAAAAAAUUACAAAUAUUGCUUAUCUUUUCACUUAAAAGCAUGCAAGUACAGAUGUUUCCAGUUGUAUGUUCCAGUAUCUGCAUUCAAGUCUCCUCACCCUAAUGACUGGAAAAAUAUGCUAAAGUCUAAAUUAUUUUGAUUCUGUUGGAUCACAAGUUGUUAUAAUUCUCUAAUUUAUGCUCUAUCAAAAUGGGGUUGCAUCAGACUUCAUGAGCCUGUUUUUCAAAGGAAGCUGAUAGCAUGGAAAAUAACAGGCUGUAGCGUGCAGGAUGUAGUUUGGUUCAGACAGAGCAAUUACUCCAUUGUGUAAGGGGAAAAACGGAGAGGACUUCUACGUGUUGUUUACAGUUAAACUAGUGUAUAUAAAGAUUUGUAAUUAUGGCCAGUAUUUUCUGGGCUAUAGAGCAGAAAGAGUCAUUUUUCAAUGCACCUGACUUUAGCUGGAUGUCUGGCAUUACUACUUCAGUGUGGAAAGGGCCACCUGUAAGAGAGAAAUUAUAAAAAUGCAUAUUAAUCUGUUUUUUAAUACCAAGCAGGUGGUAACAAGCUAUAUUAUGAUUUGACUAAUUCUCUGCAGAAAGAAAGCAUAAACAGGCAUCAUAACCAGUAUAUAUACCAUGGUAUAAGGAGACUCUUCUGGUUUCCAGUAAUCCCUUCAUAGCUGUAUAUAAAAUGUAAUGCUGAAACUAUUUUGCUCUCAGGAGUGACUUUGGAUGAGAUCAACUGUAUUCAGUGAAUUAUGUAAUAUGGAUUAAAUUGUUUGUCUCUGUUCCUGAAAUGGUUAGAAUGUCUUACUUUGUCUGCUUGCUUACUUGUGUAUGUAAGCAUGGGGAAAUAUAAUCCUCACUGCUAAUAGCGAUAUUAUGGUUAAAUGAUAAAGGCCAUGUAGUCAUGUGAAGUUAAAUGCACAGCUGUAGUUCAAUUAAAAAUGAAGAUUACACUUUUGCUUUUCCACAACGCAAGAUGGAACAAGUUUCUUGUAUCCAAAGUGCAUAAUGUGUUAAGCUUUUUAUGGAUUAGCACUUUUUAAAAAGGGUAAUAUAACAGUGCAGAAAUAGAAAAAUAUUCCGUCUUGGGUUUUGAAGCAACUUUUAGAUCCCAAACAUUGGCCUACUUUAAAAUUACUAUAGUAAGUAAAUUAGUCUACCCAUUUAUGAGUACUUUUAAAGAAAAAAAAAUGCAAAUAGCAUCAACGUACAAAGUAUUUGUGCAUUUUUACUAGUUCUCUAUAAGCAAUUGACAGAUAAUCUCAUCCAGAAUCCUGCAUGCUAUUGCUGCUAUGAUUGAAGCUGACCUGCAUAUAGGAAAUCAACAAAACACUAACUUGAGCUUCACUGGUCUCAAGGGAGAAAAAAGUCUUUGCCAACUGGGAAAGGACAAAAUCAGUUAUCAGAUACUUUUUUUCAGGCUUUUACAAGGGCAUUAAACUGAAGUGUUAAUAAACUUUUAAAAU